UCCCCUAGUUGAGUGGAAUAUUCCACUUCCGGGUCCUACACGUGUGUGCAGUAGUAAGGCAGCUUUGGCCGGAGAGCUGGCACUCAGCACCAUGCUCUUCUCCAGGGACGUGCCAUGGCGGCGUAUGCAGGAUAUAACUUUUGGCUUUUAUUCCUCAGAGGAGAUCAGGAUGCUGAGUGUCAAAGCCAUUACCAAUCCCCAGUACCUGGAUGCUGCGGGCAAUCCUAUGGCCAAUGGCCUGUAUGACCUGGCCCUAGGGCCCCCAGACAAUAAAGAAGUGUGCGCCACCUGUGCUCAGGAUUUCACUCGUUGCCCCGGACAUCUUGGCUACAUUGAGCUGCCUCUGACCAUCUAUAAUCCCCUGCUGUUUGAUAAACUGUAUCUCCUUGUGCAAGGCUCCUGCAUCCAUUGCCACCUGCUGACGUGUUCUCGUUCCACCAUACAUCUGCUGAUCCACCAGAUGAAGCUCCUAGACAGGGGGGCUGUACAUGAGGUGUACGAGGUGGAGAGCGUUCUUAACCGGUUUCUAGAUGACAAUCCUGCAGCCUCAGGGAACGAAAUCCAGGAAGAAUUAGAAGCCUACACCAAAAAAGUUGUUAAAUCCUAUCCGAAGAAGGACAUAUCCUGUGUGAAGAGUCUGUGUUUGAUCAGGAACAAACUUUUAAGGGAAUUUUGGCGGGAACAGACGAAAUCUAGGAAAUGUCCAAAUUGCAAGGCACCUCGCUCCCAAGUACGAAAAGAACACAACAGCAAGCUGACCAUCAUCAUGAGCGACACUAAGAAUGUGGUCAGCGAGGGGAUUAAAAUUCCAGCAACAACGGUGACCGCAGAGGCCGCCGAACGAGGAUACCUGACUCCUAGCACUACAAAGGAACACAUGGAGGCUCUCUGGGAAAACGAGGGUUUUUUCCUACAGUACCUGUUCUUUGGCUUGAUGAGGGAAAACGACCUCUCCCCAGACAUGUUCUUCCUUGAUCUUGUGGUGGUUCCUCCAUCACGUUUCCGGCCUAUCAAUCGGUUAGGAGACCGGAUGUUCACCAACGGGCAGACGGUAAAUCUGCAGGCCGUCCUUAAAGAUGUGGCCACCAUACAGAAUUUACUGGCGGUGAUGGCCGAGGAACAAGCUGUACCUGAUAAGAAGGCUGAAGAAAGUGUGUUCAGCACUGAACCUGUAGAAAAGAUUGAUCGCUCCUUCUUGGCCCUGCUGCAUGGGGACAGCCUCACAGACAAACUGUACAAUGCUUGGGUUCGUCUGCAGAGUCACGUCAACAUGGUUUUUGAUAGCGAGAUGGACAAAGUGACGUCUGAGAAGUAUCCCGGCAUUCGUCAGCUGCUGGAGAAGAAGGAAGGUCUGUUUCGCAAACACAUGAUGGGGAAGCGUGUGGACUAUGCUGCUCGAUCCGUCAUUUGCCCGGACAUGUACAUCAACACCAAUGAGAUUGGCAUCCCUAUGGUGUUUGCCACCAAGUUGACCUAUCCCCAGCCAGUCACAGCGUGGAAUGUGCAGGAGUUGAGGCAAGCGGUUAUAAAUGGACCCAAUGUCCACCCCGGGGCCUCCAUGGUGGUUGCUGAAGAUGGUUCCCGCACAAUAUUGACGUCUACCAAUCUUACACAGCGUGAGGCCAUCGCCAAGCAGCUGCUCACACCAUCCACUGGCUCACAGAAGUUUACUGCCAAAAUCGUUUAUCGUCAUGUUAAGAAUGGAGAUGUCUUGUUACUCAACCGGCAGCCUACACUGCACAGACCAUCCAUCCAAGCUCACAAGGCCCGAAUCCUUCCGGGAGAGAAAGUGCUGAGGCUCCAUUAUGCCAACUGCAAGGCCUAUAAUGCUGACUUUGAUGGAGAUGAAAUGAACGCCCAUUUUCCUCAAAGUGAACUUGGUCGGGCUGAGGCCUACACCAUUGCGUGUACAGAUCAGCAGUAUUUGGUACCCAAGGAUGGGACACCCUUGGCUGGCCUCAUCCAGGAUCACAUGGUGUCUGGGGUCAGCAUGACCAUCCGUGGUUGCUUCUUCACCAGAGAUCAGUAUAUGGAGCUGGUAUAUAGAGGCCUGACAGAUAAGAAGGGACGGGUUAAAACUCUUCCACCUGCAAUUAUGAAACCAUGCCGUCUAUGGACUGGAAAACAGGUGGUCUCUACGUUACUUAUCAACGUAAUCCCGGAUCACCAUAUACCUCUCAACCUGACAGGAAGCGCCAAAAUUCCUGGGAAAGCGUGGGUGAAGAAAACCCCAAGGCCCAUCCCCGGGUUUCAGUCAGACUCUAUGUGUGAGUCCCAGGUCAUCAUAAGACAUGGAGAGCUGCUCUGUGGGGUCCUGGAUAAGGCACAUUAUGGCAGCUCCUCCUUCGGCCUUGUCCACUGCUGCUAUGAGCUUUAUGGUGGUGAAACAAGCGGGAAAUUGCUGACCUGUCUAGCCCGGCUAUUCACCGCAUACUUGCAGCUCUACCGGGGAUUCACUAUGGGGGUGGAGGACAUUCUGGUUCGACCCUAUGCUGAUGCGGCCAGGGAGAAGAUUGUGGAAAGCUCCUCACAAUGUGGAGGGAAGGCUGUGCGCGGUGCUUUCAACCUCUGUGAAUUGGCUUCAGAUGAGGAGGCCCGGGGAAAAUGGGAAGAUGCUUAUCUAAGCAAAGACCAGAGAGACUUCAACAUGGUUGACUUGAAGUUCAAGGAGCAAGUGAAUCUAGUGAGCAAUGAGAUAAAUAAGGUGUGUAUGCCACUAGGUCUACACAGACAUUUCCCAGAAAAUAAUUUGCAGUUGAUGGUCCAGUCUGGCGCCAAAGGAUCCACUGUGAAUACCAUGCAGAUCUCCUGUCUUUUGGGUCAGAUUGAGUUGGAAGGUCGACGACCACCACUGAUGCCUUCUGGGAAAUCUCUGCCUUGUUUCCAACCGUAUGACUUUGCACCACGAUCCGGUGGCUUUGUGACUGGCCGUUUUCUCACUGGCAUCAAACCUCCAGAGUUCUACUUUCACUGUAUGGCUGGGAGAGAAGGUUUGGUGGACACUGCCGUGAAGACGAGUCGUUCAGGUUAUCUCCAGAGGUGUAUCAUUAAGCAUAUUGAGGGGCUGGUGGUCCAGUACGACCUCACAGUGCGGGACAGUGAUGGCAGCGUGGUACAGUUCCUCUAUGGUGAAGAUGGACUGGAUGUACCCAAGACACAGUUUCUGCAGCCAAAGCAGUUUCCAUUCAUUGAGCAGAAUUAUGAGGUGAUUAAACAAUCAAAGUGCUUGGAUGAAGUCUUAAGUAAAAUGGAUUCUGAGCAAGCUAGUCGCUACAGCCAGUCUAUACGGAAGUGGAAAGUCAAGUAUCCUGCUUCUUUGCAAAGGCGUGGGCCUCUGCUACUGUACUCCCAGAAGAAGAUGACGUCUUUUAAGGAACAAUAUCCUGAGCCGUGUAUCACAAAUGGAAGGGAGCAGGCUUCUAGUAUGCUAGUUGAAAGUUGGUGUGCCCUGGACCAGAAGGCGAAGAACAAGUACAUAAAACGGUCAUCUCCCCAGCCUGACCCUUGCCUCUCAGUCCUACGUCCAGAUCUUUAUUUUGGAUCGGUGUCCGAAACAUUUCAAGACAAAGUCGAUCAGUACACGUGGCAGCAGGAUACGCAGAGUGGCCCCAACUAUAAGCAGUCCAAGGUGUCGGCUGACAGGUUAAGGACUUUGCUACAGCUGAAGUGGCAGAGAGCCCUGUGUGACCCCGGAGAUGCAGUGGGCCUUCUUGCAGCUCAAAGCAUUGGUGAACCCUCCACCCAGAUGACACUGAACACCUUCCACUUUGCCGGAAGAGGAGAGAUGAACGUCACCCUUGGUAUUCCCAGACUUCGAGAAAUCUUACUGAUAGGGAGCUCCAAAAUUAAAACUCCCAUGAUGAGCGUGCCGGUCCUCCCCACCAAGAAAGCUUUAAAGAAAGUGAAAAAGCUGAAGAAACAACUAACCCGUGUGUGUUUGGCUGAGGUGAUGCACAAGCUGGAUGUAGUAGAAACCUUCCUCAUUGAGGACAAAACCCAGAAAUUACAGGUCUACAAAGUAAAAUUCCACUUCCUGCCGCAUGAGUAUUACCGGCAGGAGAAAUGCUUGAGACCUGAGGAUCUACUGCACUUCAUGGAGAACAGGUUCUUCCGAAUUAUGAUAGAUACCAUCAAAAGGAAAGGCGCAAAACUUGCCUCUUAUUCAGAUGUAUCCAGCAGAAAGGCCUUUCGUAAAGAUCAUGAUGAUGAUGGGGAAGGGGCGGCAACCCAGGAAGGCCAAGAAGAGGAGCCUGAAGAACAAGAAAUUGUAGAUGCAGAAGCCGACGAGGGUGAUGCAGAUGCUACAGAUGCAAAACGGAAAAAAAAGCAAGAGGAGGAGGUUGACUAUGAAAGUGAAGAGGAGGAGCAGUCGGAGAAUGAAGAGGAGCAGGAUGAGGAGAACCCUCCUGCCCAGAAGGAAGAAGGCACGGAGGCAUCCGAUGAGGGUGAAGACCUGUCGCCAAAUGGGGAGGAUCGCAGUCCCUCCUCUUUACUAUCCUCCAAAAAGAAAAGUAACCAACCAAACCUAACAAAGCAGGUGUUGGCGGAGAACCGGAUAAAUGGCGUCUUGAGUCUCAGCUCCAGCAUAGACGACUAUUCUUAUGAUACAGAAAACAGCUUAUGGUGUGAGAUCACUUUUAAGCUGCCCCUUAUGAAGGUUCACUUCGAUAUGUCCUCUCUCAUCUCGACCCUGGCACAUAACGUUGUUAUUCACGAGACCAAAGGAAUAACCCGCUGUCUUCUCAACGAAACCACAAACAAAAACGGAGCCAAGGAGACCAUCCUGAACACGGAGGGUAUCAAUCUCCAAGAGAUGUUCAGAUAUUCAGAUAUCCUGAACCUAAAGCGCUUGUAUACAAACGAUAUCCAUGCAAUGGCCAAUACAUAUGGUAUAGAGGCUGCAGUCAGGGUGGUGCAGAAGGAAAUCAGAGAUGUGUUUGCUGUAUAUGGUAUUGAGGUAGACCCCCGACAUCUCUCUUUGGUUGCGGACUACAUGUGCUUUGAGGGAACGUAUCAGUCUCUUAGCCGCUAUGGGAUGGCUUCCAACUCUUCCCCUUUCCAGCAGAUGACCUUUGAGACCAGCUACAAGUUCUUAAAGGAAGCUACAAUGAAUGGCGCGAAGGACAGUCUCCAGUCGCCGUCCGCGUGUAUCGUGGUCGGCAAAGUUGUUAAAGGCGGCACUGGAUUGUUUGACCUCAAACAGCCAAUGAAAUAAACCUCAAGGACCAACACUGAGAGACUCGGCGCCAAGAUGGUUAAUGUAGCAGACAGUGCGUUACACGGCAGCGGCGGAGGCCUGCCAGGGUAUAAACAUCUGUUGUGGAGCCCCAGAUGAAUCAUCCAGCAGUGAACGGAGUGAAUCGCAACAGAGUCAUCCACUAGAGCAGUGUUUUCCAGUGUGUCUCCAGCUGUUGCAAAACUACAACUCCCAGCAUGCCCGGACAGCCGAAGGCUGUCCGGGCAUGCUGGGAGUUGUUGUUUUGCAACAGCUGGAGACAUAAUGUUUGGGAAUUACUAUUUACAAUUGAUCACUAGAAGUGAUCACUGAAACCCUAAAUUUACCACCCACUAAAUUUACCCCCCCUGACGUUUCACCACAAAACAGUGGCUUUAUCAAGGGCUAUGGGGUCAAUGUCAAUGUUUGGACAAUGUUUGGGAAAACGCUGCUCCAGAGGCACCUACUGCAUGUAACCAUCCUGUGUAAAUGUUUACAAAUGUAUAGCUUUGUAAUAAAAUAUAUUGUGUGAAUUGUGCCGUCGUGUUUGUCUUGGGGUUUAUCUGGUCUAAUGUAAAAAAGUAUCCGUCAUUUCAGUUUGCGUUCCAGUAUAAGCUGCCCUCUGUGUGUGUGUGUGUACAUAUGAGGAGCAGCACUAUUUUUGGUCAUUAUAUAACUUGUAUAUGGGAUUUUUCAGCAGAUUUCUGCUCUGCAGGCUUCAUCUGUAAUUUGCAGUUCUCUUAGAGCUAGUGGGUGGAGCUCCCUCCUCCAUAGACUUGUAUUGCGUGUAUUGUAGACACAGGAAAAAGCUUAGAUGAUUUUCGAGCAGUUUUGAGCAGUACCAGGGAGGGGUGGGGAGAGAAGCUUGUUAAAAGGAGAGAGAAGCAUUUUUGUCUAAUAAUAUAUAUUACAAAGUUUCUUAUAUUUGCUUGUACUAUUGAUCUGAGUACGGAGUAUACGUUUCUUUAGAGUGCUUCUUAACCCCUUAAGGACCAGGCCAUUUUACACCUUAAGGACCAGAGCGUUUUUUGCAAUUCUGACCACUGUCACUUUAAACAUUAAUAACUCUGGAAUGCUUUUAGUUAUCAUUCUGAUUCUGAGAUAGUUUUUUCGUGACAUAUUCUACUUUAACUUAGUGGUAAAAUUUUAUGGUAACUUGCAUCCUUUCUUGGUGGAAAAUCCCAAAAUUUGAUGAAAAAAAUGAAAAUUUAGCAUUUUUCUAACUUUGAA